CUCCGCGCUGUUUCAUUAUGGUAGUCGUCCCAACAAGCGGCUCGUAGAGCAGGAAUCCAGACGGGAUUAUCAACAGCAGACACCGCCGAGCUACGGAGCGAUAUUUCUGCCGUUAGUCCGCCUCUAACCUCCGGUCCACAUCGACAUUUCCCUCCGGACGGACGUUAGCAGAGAGGGACCUUUACAUGGCAACCGGCUGCUCGGCCCUCCUACCCUCUCCCGGUACCGUGCAGCUGCAGCAUCCGUCAUCUCAGCCUCCACACUAACGGGAUGACGAAGGGAACCGAGCCUCCGCACGUAGGCUACCGGCACGGCGAGGCGACGUUCAUGGACUGCAGGAAUUUCUAAAACCUCGGUGGCAGCGCAGCAGAAAUAUAAAGUGACUUAAAUUUUCAUUGUUGAGACUUAUCCAUCUUUGUGCCACUGGAGCUGGUGGGAACUUGGAGGCUACUUUAGAGGAAUCAAGGACUCUAAUGAACCAAUAAGAACAGUCUUAUCAAGUAGAAAUUAUAUUUAUUCAAUAUUUGUGUAAUAACCUGAGAUCUGCUGCAGUCUUCAUCAAGGAGCAGAUGUAAUCAGAGUUGCAGUAUUGUACAAAAUAUAAGAUAUACUAUCAGGUCAUUAGGUCACACAUACAACCCACAGAAGACACUGAUCAUUCUGGCAUCAUGAUGGUGGAAGCCACCAUCACCUCGAGUCUCAGGACUACUGCAGUCUAACAGACAUUUUGGUUCCCCUGUGGGAAAGAACGGAGCAACUGGUGGUGGUCCUCCAGCAACAUGGACUACCACGCUGAGUGCUGUUUCUGUGAUCCUGAGGAGGGUCACGGUGACGAGCCGCCGCUUCACAGUAUCCACGCGCCCAAUCGGAUCCGCCCGUCCUCCUACAGAGCCCUGAGGAGCGCUGUGUCCAGUCUGGCCCGCAUCGAUGACUUCUUCUGUGAGAAGAUAGGUUCGGGCUUCUUCUCGGAGGUCUUCAAGGUGCAGCAUCGGAUCACAGGGCAGGUGAUGGCACUGAAAAUGAACACGCUGGCUAGCAACAAAGCUAACAUGCUCCGAGAAGUGCAGCUCAUGAACCGGCUUUGCCACCCCAACAUACUCAGGUUUCUUGGGGUUUGUGUGCACGAAGGUCAACUCCACGCUCUGACUGAGUAUAUAAACGGAGGCAACCUGGAGCAGCUGUUGGACAGCGACCUGUACCUGUCGUGGUGCGUCAGGAUUGGUCUGUCUCUGGAUAUCGCCCGAGGGCUGCAGUACCUGCACAACAAGGGCAUAUUCCACAGAGACCUCACCUCCAAGAACUGUUUGGUUCGCUGUGAUAACGGCGUGUUCACGGCUGUAGUGGGAGACUUCGGCCUGGCAGAGAAGAUCCCCGAUUACAGUGACGGUGUGGUGAAGCAGCCUCUGGCCAUCGUGGGCUCCCCCUACUGGAUGGCCCCUGAAGUUCUGAGAGGAGAGCUGUACGAUGAGAAGGUGGACGUGUUUGCGUACGGCAUCAUCCUGUGUGAGAUCAUCGCCCGGAUUGAAGCUGAUCCUGACUUCUUACCCAGGACAGAGGACUUUGGUCUGGAUGUGGAAGCAUUUGAGAACAUGGUUGGGGAUUGUCCCGCUGCGUUCUUUAGCCUGGCUGUGACCUGCUGUAACAUGAUUGCAGAGAGGCGUCCCUCGUUCUCUGAAAUUGUCUUCAUACUGGAGGGCAUGGAGAGGGAUGAAGAGAGAGAGAAGCCCAUUGCACUCGAGCCAGUGGCGGUAGACGUCAGCCCAUACCGGCGCUGCAGCUCUCCCUGUCACCCUGGUGACCGCAGCCAGCAGCGGCAAGGCUUGGCAAGGAGCCAGUCGGACAUGUUACCCCCAGCAACCCUGACCCCACCUCUUCUCGGGACCCCUGCGCGGGUCAACCCCUUCUCUCUCAGACAGGAUCUGAAUGGGGGGCGGUGUAAACUCUUAGACACGCCGAGCAAGUCCGUCAUCUCCCUGACCUUAACCCUCCCGGCGCUGCGGGACCCGUGUUCCUCCCCCCACAUUCUCCGAGGGAUGCCUGGAACGCGAACGCUGCCAAGGAGAUGCCGGUCACUCCCCUGUACUCCAGAGCUCAGCCGGACUGUAGCCUUGUCAAGAGACACAGAAGGGAAGGAGGACGAAAAAGAGGAGGAUGUCAGAGCGGUGAUUAGGAGAGGUAUAGGGGAGGUUGUGGAGGACGAGAUGAGGAAGAACACAGGGUUGUCAGAGAGGGCAGAUGAAAGGUUGCAGGUAGAGCAAAUGGAGAUAACUGAGAAGAGAGAGUUGUUGAAGGAGGAAGAUCAAAUGGGAGACGAUUCAGGUCUUCCUGUGGAGCUGGAGAUGGUGUCACUGGAGCGGUUAGAGGAGGAGGAAGAGGAGGAGGAGGAUGAGAGUGUGUGUCUAACAGAACCCAUGGACUGCACCAAGUCUCCUGAGCCAGCAGAGGGAGUCAUGGACUGCACACCUGGAAGACCCCUGCUCACCUCCACUUCCUCUUCCUCCUUACAGACGAAUGGCUGGCGACUUCCCAUCUCCAACGGACCUCCCUCCUUGCCCGCUCUGCCACGACUGGACAAUAACAAUGGCUCGGCCCUUGUGAUUGGCCAGCAGGUGCAGUGGGGUGGAGGAGGACGGGCUAAUGGUUACAGUGGAGUCCAGGUCCAGUCCUCUGACCCUAGUGGCCCCUCUGAGCAGGACGAGGUCAUCUCCUGUCCGGGCUGCUGUCUGGUGGGUCUGAGUUUUCCCUCUGUGUGCCUCCGUGGUUCAGCUGCCGUGCCUACUCCCCGCCGAAGGGCUUCGUUACCACGGCAGCGACCCUACCGGAACCUCAACGGCACCAUAACUGGUGGCAGUGCUUCCUCAUCAACAACAGCCGCCACGGCAACCAAAGCUCUACUGUGUCGCAGCACAAAUGGACUAGUAGUGGGUGGGCCUACGGUGCCAUGUGAGCCUGGGCGGUCCCUGCCAGAGGCCCAGACAUAAGCCUGCUCACUGGGGAUUUGGUUUUGAACUUGCGACAUGCACCGGUACUAAAUGUUAGCGGACAAACAUAGCAACACAAACGGUCGCUAUGCUAACACCAAGAACCCAAUACUGACCCCAGCCUCUGAGACGUGUUGUUAAUUCUGUGCAGUCACAGCAAACAGUUGGUGACUAGGGUGCCACCUGGUGGGCUGGAGGAUUAAACACAACAAAUCGCUGUGACGGUGAAGAACACGGUGGUGUAACGGAAGAGGUGGCUAAAGCAGGCAGAAUACGGCUGAACAUUGAACAGUCAGGGUCAACAACACGUUACUGCCGCUGGAAUGGUGCUAAUCCAAACAGAGCAGCUAGUCUGAUGCACAGUGAUGCUCGUCCCAAUUUUUCUGAACCAAAUCAAACUGAACUCAACUGUGCUGGCUUCAAAUCUGGAGGCUGUCGCAUGGGGAAAAAAAGGUGUGUGGCUGAUUUAAGAAGCUAAGUCUAAGCAUACUUGUGGUUCAUUACAACGUGGGUCUUAUUUUGGUAGUCUUGGCCAUUGUUUCUAUCAGUAAUAAUAACAUUGUACUCACCAAGUUAACUGCUGAGGUCUGUGAACACGUGACAGUGGACACUGGUCACUUUUGGUUUUGCCUCAGAAUGUAUUGAUGGCCUGACUGCUCGUGUUUGUUACCACGUAUGGUUUCAUUGUAUUGCAGUGAUUAGUUCAGUGCCGGUUCAAAACGUGCCUGUUCAGAACGGGCCGUCUGUUUGGCCUGUGGUAUUGCUGGUUGCUGCUUUCUCGAGAACCACUCAAACAACUUCACACUCAACACUGCGUCUCCUUGGGUGCUGAGCAAUACACCUGGUCCCCCACAGCUACAGAUUUAUUAUAAGUUUAGAUAUGAAAAACAUUGAAUUAUGAUGCUAUCCUAACUCAUUGCACCCUGAAACAACACGCAAAAAGCCCCAAAGCACUUAAAAAAUAUGCAACUCAAUGAUACACUACUUAUUUACUGAGAACCUCAGAGGAAAAGAUUACACUACUACAUGUACCCUGACAGAGACCUGUUACUGGUUAUGUUUCAGGUACAGAUUCAAUACAUUUAAGGACAUUGUGAGGUAAUGCUUCGCUUUCACUCUUCACUUCAAAUAAAAAUUUGAAUGCAGGACUUUUACAACACGGUAUCAAUAGUUUUACAAUCACAACUUAAUAAUUUUACCUCCAAAAAAAAAGUUCAUUCUUCUUCUAUCACUGCCAAUACCAACAUUCCUGAUCCCACUCACAAGGUCUGCCCCUGAAAAAUCCAUCGCAGCUACUCAUGAUCAGAAACACUAGUGAAAUACACUCAGUGGAGUUAUUAAUAUCUAAAUAGGCGGACUAGUUGCUUGCUUUGACAUAACCACCACAAUUUUAAAGUAGAGCAAGGUAUUUUGUCAGGUGUAAGGCGUCAUAAACAUUGGUGAAAUGCACUUAGCGAGACAUUUCGACUUUGCAGAGCCCUGAAACCCUGCCCCCACUGCUGCACAGUUCACUUGUUUAUUCAGAGUUUAUUAAUACUGAAUGUGUCGCUUAUCAAAUUUGACAGUUCACAUCCCUGCGCCCCCAGCAAUACACCUGUGAAGUGUGAAGUUGAUUAGAUGGACAGUUCUCGAGAUAUGGAAAGGAAACACAGACAGCUUUAUCGUUAGAUUUCACCGUGUUCCCAGUUCUCAGCAAUAACUUAAGUAAGUAUAGAUAUAGAUAAUGGCCCACACUACAAAAAUAAGUUAAAAGAUGAGGAUGAGGAUUGUCCUUUAAUUUGUACAGUGCUUUUUGGCAAAGGUGGUGGGAGGAGAGAACCUUUUGUAAUUCAUUGCCCCUCCCUUUAUGGAGGAAGUUUAGGAGGAAUAAAAACUCUUUUGUUUUGCAUGGCGGUGCCGGCAGCGGCGCUCUGCAAGCCCACAACUGAUGGAACACUGCUGCACUGCACUGUUAAUCCCAGGUUGUAUAGGGACACAUGUAAAGCACAGUGUGGCUGCUGGUUCAUAACUGUAUGUGAAAACACUGUUUUUAAUUCUAUUUAACUGAUUAACAGUAGCUACAGGGGGAAUAUUUAUAAAAUGAAUAAAGAUGAUUUACUUCUGACAUUUUUAUAGCAGUUGAACUGUGUGUGUGUGUGUGUGUGUGUGAGAGAGGAGCUGAUAUCUGUUGCUUUGGGGGACUUAUCCUGGGCUUGUCAUGUAAAUUCUUUAUUUUUGCACUUCAGUUCAGAGCACUUUGCAGUAAGACACCAGGCUUUUACUAAACGGUGCUUUAUUUAAAUCUGUGCUACUGGUGUUUUAUAUAUAUGUGUGUGUGGGUGUAUGUGAGUGUGUGUGCGUGCGUGCGUGCGCUACUGGCCCAACAAACUACAAACCUUUCACCCUUUGACAUCUGCUCCCCCUCACAUGUAUCUCGUGUGUCUACAUGUGCAUUUUGAUUACACUGUUGUAACUUAAAAAGUGGUAUGUGAAGCAGGUAUGCGUAUUUAUUGUACAGAUCAUUCCACACACUGUGUGUGUAUGUGCUUUUGAGCAAAAGGUAGAGUGAUGGAUACUCGCAGGAUAACUUUUAUCCCGUCAUUUCUGAUGUUGAACUAUGAUCUCGCUUCAUUUCUAUGUUCUGUUCUUCUAUACAGCUAGAAACCUGCGUGCAAUAAUCUGGUAAUAAACAAAUAUGGUUGUGCAUAA